CUUCUCCCCUAGUAACACCCUUCUGAGUUCUCUUGCAGCGCACAUAUCCCUUCGGUUCUCUAAGGUUUGUCUUAGUCAAUUGGACUGUGAAAUUGCCACAUCCAAGUAAACCGCUGUCCUGCGCACUUCAUCAUAUCCGUUGCCUUUCCAAAACUUUGAAUAACUUUCACCGGCCAAAGACGAGUUACCGUUCCAAGCAGUGGCUAUGGCUGAACCCCGAGUUGAAAUUGGUAUUGGAGUCAGCAAAGAUGUGGAAAUGAGCAGUGCAAGCGAAACACCGGCUGCCCAGCCCCAGCCUGCCGAAGGUGUAGAGUCCAUAACCGACCUGAUUCCUGCAGAGGAGAACAACGAGAUGAUAGUAGCGCCUUCAGAGCCGACCCAGGAGAACAGAUUCUUAGACUAUCUCAAAUCUCCAAUUGUGGAACUAGUUGUAGGAAAAGGCGAUGACCAGACUAUCCUGGCAGCACAUCAAGGAAUUCUCACUUCGAGCCCUUAUUUUGCAGAGCUUGUGUCUCAGUUUCCGGAGGAUGGCCCGCGUCGUAUUGUCCUCGAAGAGGAAUCAAUAGACGCCGUUGCGUGCUUUCUCCAGUAUCAAUACACAGCCGAAUACUUUCCCAAACGGCUGGGAUCGCUCACAGAGGGCCUUGAAUCGGAUCCAUCAAUUCCAGAUAUUGAUGAGACUGGCGACCAACUCCUUAAACACGCACGGGUAUACACCCUGGCCGGCAAACUUGGUAUCGACAAUCUUAAAUCUCUUGCGCAAGGAAAGAUCCACAGGAUCAAUAGUACCGCGAAGGGCGAAAUCGAAUAUGCAAAAUAUGUCUAUACCCAUACCAACCCCGGAGAUUCCAUCCGAAAACCGGUGGCCGCAUUCUGGGCUACAAGAAGCCAUGUUUUACGACACGAAGCAGAAGAAGACUUCAGAUCCCUUUGUCUGCAAUAUCCACAGUUUGGCUUCGACGUGCUUAACCUCGUAUUAGACCAGAAAGAAAAGCGUGCUAACCGCGAGAUUGAGAGCCCUGGGGUAAAGGGAAGCGCGAGGAAGAGGGCCAGAAUGGGUUGAGUGGAAAGGUUCAACACAGCUUUGAGACCUGCUGUGUAUCAAAUCUCUCUCCAUUUACUCUUAUGUGUUACUAUGUAUACUCCUAUUGCGCGUUAUAAUUGAUGUGGAUACCUUUCGAGCGGAUUAUGCCCAGCU